AUGAGUAGAGCUCUGCUCGCUGCCCUUGCGCUUGCGGCGACGACAGUGGCCGACACCUGCGACACGGUUGCAAGCCAGACGUCGAUCACCAUCCUCAACCCACUGACGUUGGCGUACACCGAGUCGCAGGGCGAGUACUGGUCGACGGCCUGCAGCGACUUGGCGCCGUCAUGUAUCCUCGAGCCGGAGACCACGGCCGAGGUCGCGGCCAUAGUCUCCAUCCUCCGCGACAACAACGAGACGUUUGCCAUCAAGUCUGGCGGCCACAACCCGAAUAACUACUUCGCCAGCGUGGAGGGCGGGUCGCAGAUCUCCACCAAGAGCCUCAACGAGGUCAUCUUCGACCCGGCUACCGAGACUGUCAGGGUUGGGCCCGGUAACCGGUGGGACGACGUUGCGGCAGCGCUUGAUGGGACUGGCUAUACUGUCGUCGGUGGGAGAAUUGGCAAUGUCGGUGUGGGCGGCUAUCUCGUCGGAGGCGGCUUGAGCUUCAUGAGCGCGCAAUACGGUUGGGCUGCCAACUCUGUCGUCGAGUACACGCUAGUAUUAGCAAAUGCGACGAUCCUGACGGUGUCCGAGACCAGCUAUCCGGACAUCUUCAUGACUUUGAAGGGCGGAGGAAACAACUUCGGAAUCGUCACCUCCUAUCUGCUGCAGGCUUACCCCCAGGGCGACGUCUGGGGCGGCAACCUGAUCUUCGACGCCACGCCGGAGAACUCGGCCGCCCUGCUGGCCGCGGUCCGCGACUUCACCGAGUACUACCCGGACGAGAAGGCCGCCGUCAUCGUGACGGCCGAGCGCACGCUGGCCACCCUCGCGGACAUCUGGGUCAUGUUUCUGUACUACAACGGCCCUGAUGUGCCGGCCGGGGUAUUCGACAAUUUCACCGCCGUCCCCCACAUAACCGACACCACCAAGACGCAGACGUACAGCGAGCUGGUCAGCGGCAACAACUGGUCGGUCCUGAAGGGCCAAGUGUACACCAUCGGCACGGAGACGACGCCGCUCCCCAGCGCGGCCGACGGCCCCGAGAUCAUGGGGGCGAUCUUCGACCACUGGGUCAACGUCAGCGACACGGCGGCCCUCGUGCCGGGCGUCGUCGCGUCGAUCGCGUUCCAGCCAAUACCAAAACAGCUCGCCAGCAUCGCCCGCUCGAAAGGCGGCGACAUGCUGGACCUGGACGCCGACGUCGACCGCAUCAUGUUCGAGCUCGACUACAGCUUCCUGGACGACGCCGACUACGCCACGAUCGACACGACGAUGCGCGACACGUACGGGGGCUUCCAGUCCAUCGUGCAGGGCUACCAGGCGAGCGGCAUGCUGCCAGCCGACGCGUACCUGCCGCUGUUCCAGAACGACUGCUUCUACCCGCAGAACUACUUUGGUAGGCUGCGGCCCGAGAAGUUGGCGCUGGCGCAGCAGGUCCAGGCUGAGGUUGACCCGGAUGGCUUCUGGACGGAGAGGACGGGCGGGUUCAAGAUCCCGGCUUGA